AUGGCUCUCACUCCUGGUGACGCUAGAAAGGGCGCCGACAUCUUCAAGAAAAGAUGCAAGCAGUGUCACACUGUUGAGGCAGGCGGCCCUAACGGCCAAGGCCCCAAUCUUCAUGGUUUAUUCGGCCGCACAUCAGGUUCAGUUUCCGGCUUUGGCUAUAGUGAUGCCAACAAGAAGGCCGGCAUUACAUGGAAUAAGGACACUCUGUUUGGCUAUCUCGAGAACCCAAAGAAGUUCAUGCCUGGUAACAAGAUGGCCUUUGCUGGUAUUAAGAAGGCCAAUGAAAGGAGCGACCUGAUCGCCUACCUCAAGGAGUCCACGAAAUGA